GUUUUAAAAUUAAGUGUUAGUUUGGAGGAAUAAAAGGAAGAGUUCACGGAACAAAGACUGACAUGGCAUCGCCUGCGACAUGGUGCGUAUUAUUCCUUAGUAUACUGAUCGCGACGCCGUUUGCUCAAUGCUUUGAAACGGGGAUCAAUUUGGCUUUGAACAAGAACGCCAUGCAGUACUCGCAAGACCCUUUGCCCGAUGGCCUUUGGUCUGCGGAGAACGCUGUAGACGGUGACAAAACAUGCACUCCCGUGGAUAGCACACACUUCACUUUAUCUGGGCGAGGAAACCAACCUUGGUGGCAGGUCGAUCUCGGCAUAAUAUAUAAUAUCGAUCGUAUCAAGGUCUACGGUCGCCGCGAUUCAGUUCACGCACAACUACAAGGAUUUCUGAUACAUAUAUCUACUACUGCUAUAACAGAUAACACAUUCACAUUGCCAUUUAACCAGACACCGGAUACUAACAUUUACCCUGCAAAUGGUGUUUUCGACAUCCGCAUUUCUGUUACCCAAGCAAGAUAUCUGCGACUUAUUUUAGGGCACACAAGUAUUACACCAUUAAAUUGGAUUACAUGGCCUAUAGUUAUAUGUGAGGUUGAAGUGUUUGGACCAAAUGAACGAAUUUCCGAGCUAAUUCAAACCAUUCGAGGCGAUGUGACAGUUUCUAUGGGAAUUCCUGAGACAAAUGGAGGUUUAACGUUUUCAAAAGAUAAAGCUAUAGACCAUAAUACCCGAACUGAUCCAAAUGCAUGCGAUUGUUGUAGUAUAACCACGGACGGUUGGUGGAUGAUUGACCUUGGCAGGAGAUACCUCAUACAGGCCAUACAGGUUCUUGGAAGAUCAGACGCUCAUUUUAACGAAAACAAGCCAUUCACUGUAAGUGUUGGAGAUCUGAAAACAAAUUUAACGGAAAUAUACUCCGGGAACCCAAACCAAGGAAGUAAAUCGUAUUUCAUCACACUUAACCCUGCCAAGGUCAUACAAGUGAUUAAAGUGUGGAAAAAAACACCAGCGAUCCUAACAAUAUGCGAAUUUCAAGUAUACGGAUUAGAGUGUCUUGACGGUCAAUUUGGACAAGGAUGUCAACAUAAGGGAUUUUGUAACGGUACCUACGACAUGGCGACCGGAGAAUGCUUGACUUGUCUCGCUGGGUACGAAGGCCACACUUGCUCAAAAGCUUGCGAUAAGGGAUUCUUUGGACCUGACUGUAUAUAUCAAUGCGGACAUUGUUUGACUGGAUCACAUUGUGAUGCACAAACAGGAAUUUGUCCACAAGGAUGUGACAAUGGGUUUAAAGGUUUAUUUUGCAACCGCGGUUGUGAACACAACACCUAUGGAGAAAACUGCACCAGCCACUGUGGACAUUGCAGUUCAUUACCUUGUGAUUUAGUAAACGGGUAUUGCAGCGGGCAUGCAAAAGUUUGCGAACAGGGUUUUUUGCCUCCGAAAUGCGAUACAGAGUGUUUGGAUGGAACCUUCGGCGACGAAUGUAGGAGGAACUGUAGCAAGAACUGCUCUGGUGGCGACAUUUGCAACAAGAAAAAUGGUCUUUGUCCAAAUGGCUGUUUGCCAGGAUACAAUUUUACAGGAGAUCGUCUGUGUUUCACAGAAUGCAGGCUCGGAACAUACGGAUUGAAUUGUGCGGAAAACUGUGGUAACUGCAGGGAUGGUUUAUAUUGUAACACACAAAAUGGACAAUGUAUGUUCGGCUGUGAUCGGGGUUACCAAGGCGCAGAAUGUCAAAACGAAUGUGAAGAUGGUUGGUAUGGAGAAAACUGCAAUGUGACGUGUGGUUUUUGCAAAUAUAACGCUGUUUGUGACAAAGUGAGUGGAAACUGUAAAAGUGGUUGUGACAGGGGAUACCGUGGAAAGCAAUGUAAAAAUGAUGAAAAACAAGAUGAAAGUGCAACCUGCGAAGGGCAAACAGCGGUUGAACUGUUGGCAGCUUUCCUCUCGGUGUCAAUAAUAGGAAACGUAGUUACAGUUGCACUAUACUGCAGAACAAAAAUAUGGUUAAGACAAGGAAAAGAAGACACGACAAAUCAUUACACUGUGCCAGGACCAUCGAUGUCUUCUGAAUACUCCACAAUAGACGUAGCUGAAAUGAAUUCUAUUCCAACAGACAGACAUUAUGCAAAUGAUGGAUAAUAUGGAAAUUGACCACCGGCCUUAUGACGAUUAAUUGAUCUGUAGCUUACUUAUUGAAUAUUUAGUCAUGACGAUGUGUGUUCACUUUACUCGAGUGUUAAUAGUUUGGAUCAACUGUUUAGGCAAUAAAGAAAGACGAACACCCGAA